AUGGACCAAGAGACACACAUCCUCCAUGAGAAGGCUGGAGGCCCUGGCUCAGAUACAAGUUUGAGUCGAGGGCAAUCCCCGGCGGAUAACAAGAUCGACUUGAAGGAAUGGACCAUCACGACAGAAUCCGGGCAAGGGGACGGCCCAAGCAGUCCGGACAAUGAGCCCCCAAGUGAGAAGCCCGUCGUCUCACCCAGCCCCGAUGGAGACCCGUCACAGGCAGUACCACCGCCGUACUCGUCCUUCACAGUCGGGGAGAAGCGAAUGAUCGUCCUCGCUGCCGCGUUGGCCGCCUUCUUCUCGCCGCUGACGGGCCAGAUCUACUUCCCAGCGCUCAACGUCAUCGCCAAGGAGUUCAACGUGUCGGCCUCGCAGAUCAACCUGACGGUGACGACCUACAUGAUUUUUCAGGGCGUCGCCCCGAUGUUCUUCGGCGGGUUUGCCGACACCGCCGGGCGCCGACCCGCGUUCGUGCUGUGCUUCGUCAUCUACAUGCUCGCCAACGAGGGCGUCGCCGUCUGCAGCAAGUACUCGGAGCUGCUGGUCCUGCGCUGCUUCCAGAGCGCCGGCAUCGCGGCCACCGUCGCGCUGAGCCAGGCCGUCAUCGCCGACACCGUCACCAGCGCCGAGAGGGGCAACUAUAUCGGCAUCACCAUGCUGCCCAUCGUGCUGGCCCCGAGCCUGGGCCCCGUGCUGGGUGGGGUCCUCUCUCAGUACCUGGGGUGGAGGUCGAUAUUCUGGUUCCUGACCAUCCUCGCCGCUGUCACGCUCAUACUCAUGUUGUUCUUCUUCCCCGAGACGUGCCGGAAGCUGGUCGGCGACGGUAGCAUCCGUCCUCAUCCCGUGUACAGGACGCUCUGGCAGGUGAUCACUGACCGCCGAAAGAAGCGCCAGGCGGAGAGAAACGGCGACCGCGAGGCCCUCCGGAGUAUCAAGAUGGCCACAUCGAAAAAGAACCGUCCCCAGCUCAAGAUCGGCUUCGGCAACCCCCUGGACUCGCUGACGAUGCUCUUCGAGCCGCUCCUCGGCGUCCUCCUCGGCUACAGCGCCAUCGUCUUCGCCGGCUUCUACGCCAUAGCAACCGUCAUGCCCUCCCAGUUCGAGCGCCUGUAUGGUUUCGACAACGUCAAAAUCGGCCUGAUGUACCUCCCAAUGGCCGGCGGGUCCGUCGUCGCGGCUUUCGUGACCGGCCCGGCCAUCGACUGGAACUACCGCCGCCACGCCAAGAGGCUCGGCAUGCCAUUGACCAAGGGCGCCCAGGACGACCUGUCAAACUUCCCCGUGGAGCGCGCGCGCAUCGAGAUAGGCCUGCCGCUCCUGGCGCUCGCCACUGUUGUCCUCUUCGCUUGGGGGUGGGCGCUGCAGUACGGGGCUCCUAUCGCCGUGCCGUGCAUAUUGUUGUUCCUGAUGGGCGUCGGGAUGAUCGGGUACACGAAUGCGUCGAGUGUGCUGAUCGUCGAUAUGUAUCCCAAAAAGGCCGGGGCGGCCACCGCUGCGAACAAUCUGACUCGGUGUCUUCUCGGUGCCGCAGCGACCGGCGCCGUCUCGCCCAUGAUCGAUGCUAUUGGUGUUGGCUGGACGUUCAUGAUUUUUGGCUUCUUGUACAUGGCUGGGGCGCCUCUGCUGCUGCUUAUAAUGAAGAAUGGCAUCCAGUGGAGACGCAAUAUUCGGGCAAAGGAGGAGAGAAAACGGGUCAAGGCCGAGGAGAAGAAGAGGGAGCGGGAGAGUGAAAGGUCAAAUCAGAGUGCCGGUCAGAGCGCUGAUAAGGUUCCGUAA